AUGACUAGAACUACGCCAGUGAGUGUCAAAGUGGUAGCUUCGGAAUCGCUUUAUAAGAGAGAUGUUUUUCGUCAGCCGGAUCCGUUUGCGGUUAUCACGGUGGAUGGAUCGCAAACCAAGACUACAAAAACUGCCAAAAAGACCCUUAAUCCAUACUGGAAUGAGUCAUUUACGUUCAACGCAUUAGAGGAUUCGAUAUUGGUCAUUCAGGUGUUUGAUCAGAAGAAAUUCAAGAAGAAGGAUCAAGGAUUCUUAGGGGUUGUGAAUGUUAGAAUUGGCGAUGUCAUUGAUUUAUCGUUACCUAACUCAGAAGAAACGAUCACGAGAGAUUUGAAAAAGUCAAAUGAAAAUUUAGCUGUAAGUGGAAAGAUAAUAGUCGUUAUCUCUCAUAAUACUAGACCUACGAAUAACAGUACUUCGUCCAGACCAGUAUCAAGUGGUGCGGUUACUAAUGCGCCUCCUGCGAUGAGUAAUGGGAAUGCCAGUGGAGCGCCAAGUGGGCUUCCACCACCUCAAAUUAACAAUCAGACACCAACAAACAAGCAGUAUUCAUCGUUUGAGGACCAAUACGGUAGAUUACCACCUGGCUGGGAACGUAGGACAGAUAACUUUGGUCGUACGUAUUACGUGGAUCAUAAUUCUAGAACUACUACGUGGCAGAGACCUACUUUGGAGCAAUCUGAAUCUGAAAGAGGUCAACAGAGACAAGAUACAACAGAAGCUGAAAGAAGACAACAUCGUGGCCGUACAUUGCCAGGAGAAACACCUCAAUCACCAUUUUUAGCUAAUUCUGCUGAUAAUUCUGCCAGUGGUAAUGUCACUGUUAACUCAACUGGAGCAAACACUCCAGUAAGUCCUGCUGCUGCUAUGUCUAUGGCUGCCUCUGGUGCCACUACCAAUGGCUUAGGUGAAUUACCAUCAGGUUGGGAACAAAGAUUCACUAAUGAAGGUAGACCAUAUUUCGUUGAUCACAAUACAAGAACCACAACCUGGGUUGAUCCAAGAAGACAACAAUACAUCCGUACUUUUGGUCCUAAUACUACUAUUCAACAGCAACCAGUCAGUCAAUUGGGACCAUUGCCGUCUGGGUGGGAAAUGAGAUUAACAAAUACAGCAAGAGUGUAUUUUGUUGAUCAUAAUACAAAAACUACAACUUGGGAUGAUCCAAGGUUACCAUCAUCGUUAGACCAAAAUGUCCCACAGUACAAGCGUGAUUUCAGAAGAAAGGUUAUCUAUUUCAGAUCUCAACCUGCUUUGAGAAUUUUACCAGGGCAGUGUCAUAUCAAGGUCAGAAGAGAUCAUAUUUUCGAAGAUUCUUAUCAAGAGAUAAUGAGACAAACCCCAGAAGACUUAAAGAAGAGAUUAAUGAUUAAAUUCGAUGGUGAAGAAGGUUUAGAUUAUGGUGGUGUUUCUAGAGAAUUCUUCUUCUUGUUAUCGCAUGAUAUGUUCAAUCCUUUCUACUGUUUGUUCGAAUACUCAUCUCACGACAAUUACACAUUACAAAUUAAUCCAAACUCUGGUAUUAACCCAGAGCACUUAAACUACUUUAAAUUUAUUGGAAGAGUUGUUGGUUUGGGUGUUUUCCAUAGAAGGUUUUUAGAUGCUUUCUUUGUUGGAGCUUUAUAUAAGAUGAUGUUACGUAAGAAGGUAGUGUUGCAAGAUAUGGAAGGUGUUGAUGCUGAAUUUUAUAGAUCAUUAAAAUGGAUUUGUGAUAACGAUAUCACUGAUAUCUUGGAAUUAACAUUCAGUGCUGAAGAUGAAAGAUUCGGUGAAAUUGUUGAAGUUGACUUAAAACCAGGCGGAACCCAGAUAGAAGUUACAGAAGAAAAUAAGCAUGAAUACGUUGAAUUGAUUUCUGAGUGGAAGAUCAGCAAGAGAGUUGAAGAGCAAUUUAAAGCAUUCAUAGACGGAUUCAAUGAAUUGAUCCCACAAGAAUUGGUUAACGUGUUUGACGAAAGAGAAUUAGAAUUGUUAAUUGGUGGUUUGGCAGAAAUCGAUAUCGAAGACUGGAAGAAGCACACCGACUAUAGAGGGUACCAAGAAAAUGACCAAGUCAUCCAAUGGUUCUGGAGAUGUAUCAAGGAAUGGGACUCCGAACAAAAAGCAAGAUUAUUGCAAUUCACCACUGGUACUUCCAGAAUCCCUGUUAACGGGUUCAAGGACUUGCAAGGGUCCGAUGGUCCUAGAAGAUUCACAAUUGAAAAGGCUGGUGAGUCCAACCAAUUACCAAAGUCACACACUUGUUUCAACAGAGUCGACUUACCUCCUUACACAAAUUACGAGAGCUUGAAGCAAAAAUUAUCCUUGGCCGUUGAAGAAACGGUUGGUUUUGGUCAAGAAUAG